UCAACCCUGCAGGACGCUUCUCAUUGCGCCGAGUGGCAACCCUGGCGCCCGGCAUCGAGCGGAAUUUGCGAAUUUUCUACUUGGCCACGAUUUAACCUCGCUCCAGUCCAGAAAAUGCCGCGUGUAGCCAAGCCGAAAGCCGCUGCGCCGGCCAAAAAGGCGGUGCCGGCCAAGAAGGCCAAGAGCAAGCUGUACGCCAUGCCGGAGAAGGUGCCGGAGGGCACGAUCUUCAACGAUUUGGCCAAGGGCCAGUGGCGCAUCGGACCCUCGAUCGGAGUGGGAGGAUUCGGCGAGAUCUACGCCGCCUGCAAGGUCGGCCAGAAGGACUACGAUGCAGUGGUUAAAUGCGAGCCCCAUGCCAAUGGCCCGCUCUUCGUGGAGAUGCACUUCUACCUGCGCAACGCCAAGCAGGACGACAUCAAAAAGUUCAAGCAGAAGCACGGCAUGAAGUCCCUGGGCAUGCCCUACAUCCUGGCCAACGGCUCCGUGGAGGUCAAUGGAGAAAAGCAUCGAUUUAUAGUGAUGCCGCGCUAUGGCAGUGACAUCUCCAAGUUCCUGGCGCAGAACGGCAAGCGACUGCCCGAGGGCACUGUCUACCGGCUGGCCAUCCAGAUGCUGGACGUCUAUCAGUACAUGCACGGCACUGGCUACAUUCACGCCGAUCUCAAGGCGGCCAACAUCCUGUUGGGCCUGGGAAAAGGCGGCGCCGCGCAGGCCUACCUGGUGGAUUUCGGUCUGGCCUCGCACUACGUCACAGGGGAGUUCAAGCCGGAUCCCAAGAAAAUGCACAAUGGCACCAUUGAGUACACAUCCAGGGACGCCCACUUGGGUGUGCCCACCAGAAGGUCUGAUCUGGAGAUUCUCGGCUAUAAUCUUAUCGAGUGGCUGGGCGUGGAGCUGCCCUGGGUCACGCAGAAGCUUCUUGCGGCGCCCCCCAAAGUUCAGAAGGCCAAGGAAGCCUUUAUGGAGAACGUGGGAGAGAGCCUGAAGGCGCUGUUCCCCAAGGGAGUGCCCGCUGCUAUUGGGGAUUUCAUGAAAUACGUCUCCAAGUUAACGCACAUCCAGGAGCCAGACUACGACAAGUGUCGCAGUAUGUUCUCCAGUGCCCUCAAACAGUUAAAAAUUCCAAACAUCGGGGAUCUGGACUUCAAGCUGAAGCCACAGACGAGCAGCAACAAUAACCACAGUCCACCAGGAACGAGCAAGGCGGCAGCAGGCAAGAGGGCGUUGAAGAAGGAGUCUCCUGCAGUGAACUCUUCUCUGGAGGAGGAAAUUCCCGCCAGCGAAGAAGAGGAGGAGGAGGAAGAGAAGGCUCCUCGCAAGAAGGCAGCUAAAAAGGUUUCACCAGCAGCUAAAAAGGCUUCACCGGCAGUUAAAAACGUAAAAGUUUCGCCCCUGAAGCGAGCUGCUCCUGCCGCGGCCGCAGAAAGCACGCCACCCAGCCAGAAGCGCGUCAAGACUGAGCCCAGGUCCACUCCCAGGCCGAGGGACACACCCAAGGCCAGCCCCAAGCUAAGGGGAACGCCGAAGGCCAGUCCCAAGCCCCAAACGCCCACGGCAGCGAGGCUUAAGACGCCCAGUGCCAGUGCCAAGAUCAAUUUCAGUCCAUCAAUUUCCCUGCGAGGUCGCCCCGGUGGCAAGACCGUGGUCAACGACGAUCUGACUCCACAGCCGCGUUCCAACAAGACCUACGAGUUCAACUUCGAGCUGGACGUCAGUAUGGACGCCAAUGUGAUUGUUAAUGUCAAGCGCAAGAAGAAGGCGGAUAAGGAAAAGCCGACAACGGUUGAGUCAAGAACACCCUCAUCGCGCAGCCUGGCCUCCAGUUUAAAGGAGGAGAGCGGCUCCCCCGUGACCCGAGUGAAUCUGCGCAAGGUGAACGACGAGGGCGAUUCCACUUCCUCCGGCCGCAGUCCGCGCACACCGGCCGUCACCGUGCGAAAGUACCAGCGCUAGGCCGGCAGCACUUGUUUAUUAUAUUUUUACAUUACCAACUCUUUGAAUAAAAGCGCUCAUUAUUA